UCUAACUCUCUCUUUUUGUUAUGUUAUAUAUAUAUAGGUACGUUUAUAUGCUCCGUGCAAUUUCAUGUCUUGAACUUGACUAGCAAUGUACGUGUAAUAUAUAUACAGUAUAGACACAGGAGAUAAAAAUGGAUGCGCUGACGUUUGGUUCGCACAGGUUAGUUCACAUCGAUCUCAAAGGAGCACCUCCGCGAGUCAGUUAUUUUGAAAAGCUAUUUCCAUUGUUACGGGCAUGGGGUGCCACUGGGCUUUUACUUGAGUGGGAAGAUACAUUUCCAUACACUAGAGAGCUUUCGCCAAUCGGCAGCAAUGGACCAAGCAGUUUGUCAAGUGGUUACACGACUCAGGAAGCUCAGCAAAUUUUGCAAAUGGCAGGAGACUCCGGGUUAGCUGUGAUGCCACUUAUUCAGACUUUUGGACAUAUGGAAUUUGUUCUAAAACACGAUGAGUGGAGGUCUUUGAGGGAAGUAGCUCCUUUUCCCAGUUCAAUGUGUCCAUCAAAUCCAGGAGCGCAGUCUUUAGUGAAAUCUCUGAUUAGGCAAAUUGUUACCUUUCAUCCAGACAUUCAGUACCUGCACAUUGGAGCAGAUGAAGUGUGGCACCUUGGCCUCUGUCCUGUUUGUAGCAAGAGAGCAAGUACCAGCAAACAUGGCAAAGCUGGUUUGUUUCUGGAACAUGUUCUGGCGGUAGCACAAUUUAUCAAAGAGACUUAUCCCUACCUCAAAAUCAUAAUGUGGGAUGAUAUACUGCGAUCAAUAGACUUACAAGUUUUGAAUGAAUAUUAUAUUGGUAAAUAUGUUGAGCCAAUGAUUUGGCACUACAAUGCCAGAGAAAAUUUUGGACUACCACCAGAUUUGUGGGAUAAAUACAGCUCGGUGUUUCCAAAUAUAUGGGCUGCUACAGCUUUCAAAGGAGCCACAGGCUCCUGUCAACACAUUCCAACUAUCAGACAUCACAUAAGCAAUCAUGAGCGGUGGCUAGAAGAGCUAAGUGCACAUGUGAGCAAAGUCAAUGAAUUCCGGGGGACUGCUUUCACAGGCUGGUCAAGGUAUGACCAUUAUGCAACCAUGUGUGAACUUUUACCAACAGGCAUUCCAUCAUUAGCGAUUUGUUUGAAAGUCUGGUUGCACGGCUACAAUGAACAAACGUACAAUCAAGUUUCAAAGAGUCUAGGAUACAUUGAUCAUCCUCUGCAUAUAACUCCACAACCCAGGCCAGUUCCAAUACCAAAUAAUUUACAAUUUCCUGGCUGGCAAGUGGCAGUGGGGAUAGAGUGGUUUUUAAACUAUAAGACGAAAUUUCACGGACUUGUAAAUAGCGAACAACUACUUACAUGGAUGAAUCCCUGGCAAGUCGCGAAUAACUACACCAAUCCAAUGCAACUAGAGAGUCUGAUUCCGGCAUUCACGGACAUGCUGCUGGAAUUAUCCUCGCUAGAGAACUACAUGCGCGUCCAGAUGGAAAUCGUCUUCUUCAAUUCGAUGCUGGACGAAUGGAUAGGCACAAACGUUCAACCUCUUAAGGACAAAUUGAUGAAAUUGAAACAGACUGCGGAGAAUCAGAUAAAAUUAAACAGUAGAUCGUAGACAUAGCUCUUCGUGAUUAUAAACUUACAAACUUAGGCUUAAGCUCAAAGUAAAAUUACCCAACGAAUCGUUUUAGUCAUUAUUAUUGUAUCAUUUAUGUAAAAUAUAUACAUAUAUAUAGUUUUCUAAAAAAAAAAA